GCUUUUUCGACGGUAAAUGAAACAAAGGAGGUCCGAAAUUAAAUUAAAGCGGAACCGUUGACAUUUCUUUACAAACGGGGAGGCGGCGGGAUUAACUGGGAAACACAGGAAACACGCAUUUUCAGGAAGAAGAGGAAUAUAUCGAGUUUCCAUUUACAAAAAUACCGUGUUAUCAGUAGGUUAUAUCAAAUCAUAGGUUCAGUUAAACUAUAAUCAUACAGUUGAUCCCGCUCCAGUUUAUUUGAUAAAAAAAACAAGUCAACAAAGAUGCUGAUUAAAGUGAAGACACUCACAGGCAAAGAGAUAGAGAUUGACAUAGAGCCCACAGAUAAGGUGGAGCGGAUUAAAGAAAGGGUGGAGGAGAAAGAAGGGAUCCCUCCGCAGCAGCAGAGGUUGAUCUACAGUGGGAAACAGAUGAACGAUGAGAAAACAGCUGCAGACUAUAAAAUCCAGGGAGGCUCUGUUCUCCAUCUGGUUCUUGCUCUGCGAGGUGGACAGGUGCCCCGCUCUCCCAGAAGCCUACACUCCAAGCCUGCACUGUAGACAUCACUUGGAAACAUGCCUUAGCCUUUGCGAUGCCUACAUUAAGCGGAUCCACCGAAGUUGCGCAUCCAGGGGUCACCGGGUGGCAGUGUAGGCAACACAGAGCCAUUGGUAGAAAGAGUUAGAUCAGGUUCUACUUGUGGCAGCCACUUCCCUUCAGCCAAAUAUGUGUUGGCUGCCAACACUGCCCCCACUGUAACAUUUUCAUGGUGAAUGUUACGUGUUCUGUCCUGGCAGAAAAGGCAAAGUAACUUUCAGAAUAAAACAAAGCUUUGGCUAAAGUUUUACGACCCAGAGCUAAUUUUGGCUGCUACAGAAAACCGCUUCUACUCUGCAGCUCUGCAUGUAAGCACAGAGGUUACUAUUGUUCCUCCGAUGAUAAAACAGCUAACUGUAGCUUAAAGAUUCUUCAAGGAAACCCAACCUUGGAUCACAGCCUUUGCCUUCAGAGUGUGACACAAACUACGGUUUACUUGUUCUGUUUCAUCCAUGUUUUAUUCUGUUCUCUGUCAUUCGCCCCAACUCAGUAUAAUAAUCUGGAUGUAUCAAUCAAAAGUCUUUUUCUUGUGGAGUACCAAUUUAACUUAGUUAGAUUUGCAAAAGAUGGAUAAAAGAAUCUUCAAAAGAAUAGUUUGACAUUUUGGGAAAGACACACAUUCGCUUUGUGCCAGAAAGUUGGAUGAGAAGAUUGAUACCACUCAUGCAUACCGUAUCUCUGUUAAAUAUAAAGCUUAUCUUUGCACAAAGGCUGGAAAGAGGGGGAAACAGCUCUGUACAACAGAAACUAAAUCCUCUAAUAACUUAUAUCUCGUUUCUUAAUUUGUACGAAAAUCAAAGUUUGGAAUGACAAUUUGCCUCUUCACGUGCUCGGCUAUUUCUUGGCUCUGAACAGCUGCCAAGCAACCGAUUGAUACCUAAGGAAGUUACUGCUCCCAGUCAAGAAAUAGUCUGUGACAUAACCCCCUGAAAAAUGACAAGUUGUGUAUUUUUACACUUGGGCUUUUGUACACAUUAAAUAAUUGCAAUGUGGUGUGUUAAUUAGGGAGCUUUAGAGGUGCUAUUAGACAGACUUUGUUUCUGUUGGAUAGAGCCAGACUAGCUGUUUGCCCCGGUUUCCCGUCUUUGUAGAAAGCUUAGCUAACCUGCUGCAGCCUUAUAUUAAAUGGACAGAGAGUAGUAAAAGAGUGUUAUCAGUAUUCUCAUCUAACUCAGGAAAUGAAAAAGCAUAUUUCCCAAAAUGUCGAACUAUUCCUAUAAGGGACAACGAGAAGUAAAGGACAUGUCUUGUGUCAGGAAAACUGCCCACCACUAAUGCUAAAUCAUGUACCAUAGAUUUUGCUUUAUAUAAGCUUCAAAAGUAGACUGAGCAUGUCCAUUCUGUAGGAUAAUGUUUUAUAUUAUUUCACAUGAAUUUAAUCUGUCUUUUUGUGCUUAUUGCACAUUGUGUUGAUUAGAAGGAGCGUGCCAACUGUGGUGUCGUUUGACAAUGGCUUCAGUUUCCAUGGGUAUUGUUAGGUUUGUAUGUUCAGAGAAGCAACGUUAUCUUUUGGGAUUGCUGCGUCAGCACCCAUGUGCCCCCUCCCCCUCACUCAGUGUGACCCAUGCUGUAGAUUAGUUUGUCAGUUGAAUAAACUUGUGUUAAUGCUGAAAAUGCC